AUGACGCGACCUCCACAAAGACCCAUCAAACGACUUCUUAUCGCGAAUAGGGGAGAGAUAGCAACACGAAUUAUCUCUUCAGCACGAGAACUCGACAUUGAGACGUUCGCAAUCUACGUAUCAGGCGACGACUCGCAUGCCGUCCGAGCAAGCCAUGCGAUCAAACUAUCAUCAGCUUCGUCUUUCAUGAGUAUUGAUGAUCUUGUCGGCAUCGUCAAAAAGCACCAAAUCGAUGCUGUACAUCCAGGAUAUGGCUUUCUAUCUGAGUCCGAAGACUUCUCGAAGAGAAUAUGGGAAGGGACCGGCGCCGUAGUUGUCGGUCCCGGAUGGGGGAUCUUGAGUAAUACUGGAGAUAAACUCAAGGCGAGAGAGCUUGCCCAGCGAUGCGACGUCCCAGUAUCUCCAGCACUCCAGCAACCGACUAACAAAGUCGAAGACGUCCAGCGCUUCGCAUCUGAAGUCGGCUUUCCAAUCAUGGUCAAAGCAGUAGAUGGAGGCGGUGGCCGCGGAAUACGUCUCAUUCGCAGCCAAGACCAGCUUGCCUCCUUAGUCAAAAGAGCCGUCGAAGAAAGCCCUUCCAAGCAAGUCUUUGCUGAAAAAGCUGCUGUUGAUGGCUUCCGGCAUAUCGAAGUCCAGAUCAUCGGAGAUGGCACUGGAAACGUAACGCAUCUCUGGGAACGCGAAUGCAGUAUCCAGAGAAGGUACCAGAAGAUCGUUGAGCUGGCACCAAGCGUUGUGUCUGACCGCAAACUGAUUGCACAAGUCAUCGAGAAUGCCUUGAAGAUGGCGAGACAGAUACAAUACUUCUCCCUCGGCACCUUUGAGUUCCUCAUGAACCCAUCAACGAAAGAGUACUACUUUUUGGAGGUCAACCCUCGCUUACAAGUCGAGCACACGAUCACAGAGUCCAUCUCUAUGACUGAUAUCGUCAAGGCACAGCUAUUACUCUCUCAGGGUGUAUCUCUGAAUGACUGCGGCCUACCAGUCGCAGAGAGAGACCCGGAAGUUCUUCCUCCAGUGCAUUCGAUCCAACUUCGCAUCACUGCGGAGAAUGUUCAGAGCGAUUGGUCAUUAUCAAUUGGCAAGAUCACCUCUUUCCAGUUCCCUUCGGGUAACGGUAUUAGGGUCGACACGCACCUCAUCAGCGGCCGACCCGCCGUGGUAUCCGCAGAUUUCGACAGUCUGAUCGCGAAGGUCAUUGUAACAGCGUCAUCUUGGAAAGACGCCGUUCGUAAAGCCCAGCGAGCGUUGGAUGAUACGCAGAUCGCUGGAGUAAAGACAAACAUCGACAUGUUAAAAGCCAUUGUCGCACACCCAGACUUCCUAAACGGAAAAUGCGACACGCAAUGGCUAGAAAGCAAACAAACCGAGCUCCUCCAAUCAAGCCAAACCAUCGCCUCAGCCAGCCCAAACACCCUAAGCUCAGACAUCGCGCCAUCCUCCUCAACAUCCGUAGUCUCAACAGCCAACACUCUCUUCCGGAAAGGCGACGCAUGGUCCAUUUCCAUCUCUAAUCCCAUCACAAAAGCCAAUGAGAAACCAACACCCCACCACCUCGAACUAACCCGCGUCCUGCGCAACGACUUCCCCACCUCCCUCAGCGCAGAACUCCUUUUCACCACGCCCUCAACAGCUUCAUCUAGCAUGCCGCAAACAACACCCUACACCAUAACCCUCUCCUCCACCUCCGCUAGCGCGUCAGCAGCGACGUCGCAUCAUAGACGAGGGAACCCGAGCGAUCCUUCACACAUCAGUAUCCCAUUCCCGGGAAAACUUGUAGAAGUGUUAGUUGACGAGGGCGAUGUGGUGAAAGAAGGAGAUGUAAUUUGCGUGGUUCAACAAAUGAAAAUGGAACUAGAAGUACGCAGUCCACGUAGUGGACGCGUGACUUGGGUUACCGAAGCGGAGGAUGGGCAAGAUGUGGCGGAGGGGGUGCUGGCUGCUAUCGUUGAAAGCUCGCAGGAGACGCGUCUGUAA